UGGCAGAACCUGAACUCUCGUGAUCCUUCCUUCAGUUUUGGUACGAGCGAGGGUCACAUCUUCAAUAACUUACACUACGUCGACCUUAACGACGGCAUUAACGCCCGAGAUGAGGCCCAGCUCCUUAUCGAAAACAAUGUUUUCACAGGCACUAUUACCGAUGCUCUCUACUCCACUAAUGGAGGUUACGCUCUUAUUUCUGGAAAUGGUGUGCUAAUCUUUCCUUUUCCCACUGCCGUAGUCUAUCGCGCAGACUCUGGCGAUGACGGUGAGAACACCACACCAACAGGAACGAUCUCUGCUUCAGACCUCGGGUUCUCUUAUACGCUCCUUGCCACCAGCAGCAAGGUUGCAUCGUAA